AUGUCGGAGAUAAUGGCGUCAAAAGCAGGCGUCCCAGAAAGUGGACGAAGAGCUCAUAUAGUCCUUCUUCGUCCUGCGAAAUCAGCCGAUUCGAAGAAUGCGUCAAAACGUGUAGAGAUGGAUCGAAGUUGGAUAACAACAACAAAGAUAGGUGACCCAAAAUAUGAUGCUGGAGUUAUGCAAUUCAUUAAAUUUGCUUUGGAAAAUAACAGUGAAGGCCGUGAUAAAUUUCCUUGUCCUUGUUAUAUGUGUCAUAAUCUUAUGCAUCACAAAGUUGACGUAAUCCUUAGUCAUUUGCGUAAAUGGGAAUUUGAUAUAACAUAUACUUGUUGGUAUCGUCAUGGUGAAAAAAUGGGAGGAACUUCUGGUCAACAAGGCCAUACUGAUGAGGGUGAUAGUUUGGAGGACAUGAUGGAUCAACUUCAUGAAGAAGUUGAUGAUGAUCCUCAUGUGUUAGAAGAAUUGUUGACUGAUUCCGAGAAGCCCUUAUACAAAGAUUCUAAGUACUCAAAAUUAUCAGCUAUAGUUAAGCUAUACAAUGUGAAGGUGGGUCACAGUGUGACAGAUGAGUGUUUUUCUGCGUUCCUUAAGCUCUUUAAAGACAUACUUCCACCCGACAAUGUUUUGCAUGGCGCUACAUAUAGGGCAAAAAAGAUGUUGUGCACAACGGACUUGAAUUAUGAAAAAAUUCAUGCUUUCCCUAAUGAUUGCAUAUUGUAUAAAGAUGAAUAUGAAUCUUUAAAGAAUUGCCCCCAGUGCAAUGUCUCGAGGUACAAGAAAAAGGAAGGAGUUCCGGCUAAGGUUUUGUGGUAUUUUCCAAUAAUAUCAAGGUUCAAAAGGAUGUAUUCAAAUUCAGAAGAUGCAAAGAGGUUGACAUGGCAUAAAUUUGGUCGAGAAAAAGAAGAUGGGAUACUUAGACACCCAGCUGACUCUCCACAAUGGAGAUUUAUUUAUGCAGAGUUUAGUGAUUUUGGUAAAGAAGAACGAAACCUACGCCUUGGAUUGUCUACUGAUGGUAUGAAUCCAUAUAGUUCCAUUAGCAGCACUUACAGUAUUUGGCCGGUCAUGUUAGUGGCUUACAACUUACCUCCUUCCUUAUGUUUGAAAAGAAAGUACAUUAUGUUGUCAAUGCUUAUUUCCGGGCCAAAACAACCGGGAAAUGACAUCGAUGUGUACUUGACACCUCUUAUUGACGAUUUAAAGUUAUUGUGGGAAAAAGGUGUAGAAGUGUUUGAUGCUAGUCGGAAUGAAAUGAUAAAUUUAAGACCCAUGUUGUUCUGCACCAUCCAAGAUUAUCCUGCUUAUAGUAAUCUUUCUGGUCAUACAGUGAAAGGGAGAUGUGCUUGUCCUAUAUGUGAAGAUGGUUGGGAGGGGAGGUGGUUAUCCCCAUCAAAAAAGACGGUCUACUAUGAUCAUCGUCCAUUUCUUCCCGAAGAUCAUGAGUACCGAAAACUGAAAAAGGCUUUUACUGGCGAGCAAAAUUUUGAAAGCCGUCCAAGCGUCUCUACUGGCGAAGAAGUGUUUGAAAAGGUAAAAAACAUUCAAAUUACAUUUGGCAAGUUGAAGAAAAAUAAAGGUGCUCUCCCAAAACAGGGAUACAAGAAGUGUUCAGUUUUUUGGCGCCUUCCUUAUUGGAGAUUUCUUUUUGUCAGGCAUUCUUUAGAUGUGAUGCAUAUUGAAAAGAAUGUUUUUGAUAGUCUGAUUGGUACAUUAUUGAAUAUGCCGGGGAAGACAAAAGAUGGUCUUAAUGCUCGAAGUGACUUGGAAGAAUUAGAUAUUAGAAAGGAACUCCAUAUUGUUGAGGAGACCGGAAAGCGCAAGUAUUUACCCCCUGCUGCUUAUACACUGUCCAAAAAGGAGAAAAUCGAGCUUUGUACAUCCUUAGCUGGAGUUAAAGUGCCUGAGGGUUAUUCUUCGAACAUUUCUUCGCUUGUUUCAGUGGAGAAUACGAAACUCGUGGGGUUGAAGUCUCAUGAUUGCCACGUUUUGAUGGAAGAUUUCUUACCCAUCGCUAUUCGUUCAAUUUUGCCUAAAAAUGUACGAUAUGAGAUUAUUAGGUUAUGUUUUUUCUUCAAGUCAAUAUACAGUAAAGCCAUUAAAACUAAAGAUUUGGAUUCUUUGGAGAUUGAAAUUGCUGUCAUUUUGUGCCAAUUGGAGAUGUAUUUUCCCCCGGCGUUUUUUGAUAUCAUGAUACAUUUGCCUGUUCACUUGGUAAGAGAGAUUAGAUUUUGUGGUCCCGUGCACAUGAGAGCUCAAUGGGCCUUUGAAAGGCAAAUGAAAACCUAUAAGGGAUAUGCAUGUUAA